CUUUCAUUGAGUACUUUUUCCAUGGUAGUAACUCUGCUUUCUUCUUUCUAGGACUGUCUUCCCUGUGGGUUGGCAGGCAGUUCUCGGACUGCAGAAUGGGCCUUCGGAUUCACUUUGUUGUUGACCCCCAUGGUUGGUGCUGCAUGGGUUUGAUUGUCUUUGUCUGGUUAUACAAUAUUGUUUUAAUUCCAAAAAUUGUCCUCUUUCCUCACUAUGAAGAAGGACAUAUUCCAGGCAUUUUAAUAAUAAUAUUCUAUGGCAUUUCCAUAUUUUGUCUGGUUGCCUUAGUGAGGGCCUCCUUAACUGACCCUGGAAGACUGCCUGAAAACCCCAAGAUCCCACAUGCAGAGCGGGAGCUGUGGGAGCUGUGCAACAAGUGUAAUUUGAUGAGGCCAAAGCGCUCCCAUCACUGCAGCCGCUGUGGCCACUGUGUAAGGAGGAUGGACCACCACUGUCCUUGGAUAAACAAUUGUGUGGGUGAAGACAACCAUUGGCUCUUUCUGCAGUUGUGCUUCUACACUGAGCUUCUUACUUGCUACGCACUGAUGUUUUCUUUCUGCCAUUAUUAUUAUUUUCUUCCACUAAAAAAGCGUAACUUGGACCUCUUUGUUGUUCGGCAUGAGCUGGCUAUCAUGAGACUAGCUGCCUUUAUGGGCAUUACUAUGUUAGUUGGAAUAACUGGACUCUUUUAUACACAACUGAUUGGCAUCAUCACAGAUACAACAUCUAUUGAAAAGAUGUCAAACUGUUGUGAAGAAAUAUCGCGGCCCCGAAAGCCAUGGCAGCAGACCUUCUCAGAAGUUUUUGGCACUCGUUGGAAGAUCCUGUGGUUCAUUCCUUUCAGGCAGAGGCAACCACUGCGAGUUCCCUACCACUUUGCCAAUCACGUCUAAACAGAUGGAUGGUGGGCACAGAUGGGUCCUCCAUGCUGGAA